AGACAAAGUGUGUUGUCCAGAGCAGACGAAGGGGGACUUUUGUUGCAUUCACCCAGCUUUGUGAAAAGUGUAACUACCACAGACAGUGGCAGAGCCAGCCCAUUGUAGGGAGUACCCCACUUGGAAACCUGCUAUUGUCUGCUGCAAUGUAUUUUACCGGUGGAUCUUUUAAACAACUAGAGAAGAUUUUCAAGGCCAUGAAGCUCCAGAUGAUGCAUUUUGUAACUUUUAGGAUUCAUGCCAGGAAUUUCAUUGAGCCUACCAUAAUACACAAGUGGAACCAAGAUCAACUGAAUCUUAUAAGACAGCUGCAAGAGGGAGGUUAUGUUGCUGUGGCUGGAGAUAUGCGUGCUGACACGCCAGGACACUCAGCCAAAUUUGGCAGCUACACAAUUAUGCACAUGGAAACCAACAAAAUUCUGGAUCUUCAACUAGUUCAGAGCAACGAGAUUGGUGGCAGUUAUCAUAUGGAAAAGGAAGGAUUGAAGCGUUGUAUUGAUAAGCUGGAGUCUAAUGGUUUAGCUGUUGACUACAUAGUCACCGAUCGCCAUCCGCAGAUUCAGAAGUACCUGAGGGACCGCAAUAUCACUCAGUUCUAUGACGUGUGGCACUUUGAGAAAGGUUUAUCUAAGAAACUUGACAAACUUUCAAAAAAUGAAGGACUGCGAGGUGCUGAAAAAAUGGUUGCACAGCAUCAAAAAACCAUGUUUACUGGAGUGCGAUUUCCUCUGAGUCUGGGCCAGAAAAGGUGGCGAAGUGGAAUUCACUGCAGAACCACAUACAAAAUGUACAUGUUCAUGAUAACCACCUCUUCCCCAAGUGUGAACACCCAGACAAAGUUUCCAGGGAUCCAAAAAAAUGGUUCCAACCAGGAUCAAUAGCGCUCCAUAAAGUGGAAAAAGCUAUUAUACAACAAGAGAGUUCUCAAGGAUAUAGAAAAGCUCAGCCACCACUUUCAGACAUCAUCACUGGAGGCGUUCCACAGUCUGAUUUUGCGUUUUGCCCCAAAGAAUGUGAUUUUCCCUUUCAUUGGAAUGUUUUGCAGGCUGUAUCUUGCAGCGAUGCACUAUAAUGAAAAUGCUAACCGUGAGCAGGCAACAACAACUGAAGGACAGGCUGUGUAUAAGUUCAUUUUUCCAAAGUCCAAAAAAGGGGAAUGCACAGCAAAGCCAGUGAAAAUAGAACCAACAUACAACUAUGUCGAUGACCUUAUGAGCCUUCUGAUACAUAAAGUCUUCGUGGACCCCAAGCCAUAUGCGGAAGAGCUGCACGCAAUCCCCAUUCCACCUUCUCUGUCAUCACAGUUUGAAAAACCCUCCAAAGAAGAGGUGAUUGCCCACCGUGUGUCACGAUUCAGUCGAGGGGUGGCCGGA